AGGCCGCUCAGGACAUUCACGCAAAGUCUCCCAUCUGCAAGCUUUGUCCGCCAACGACGUUGUUCUGACAGCGCGCUCCGAAUUUUUGGCUGAGCGUAAGCUAUCUUUCGCACAUGAAGUGGCUCAGCGUUCGAGGAUGGCAUGACUCUUGAUGAUUAUGGAUAUGCUUCUGACAGCGAUCUUGAAGAUGAAGAAGAAGAAGAAGAAGAAGAAGAAGAAGAAGAAGAAGAAGAAGAAGAAGCUAGUCAGACGCCGACCAACGACAAAAAGGGAAAUACGAGUGAAUCAGAUGAAAAUGAUGAUGGUUUACUUGUCGUAGCGGACGGUAGUUGCAAAGUUGACUCGGCAGUCCGUGAUCCCAUCCCAGCCAGCCCACCACAAGCAGUGACGCCUAUCACCUCUUCCCCAAUUCAACAUACAGUUGUCAACUGCCGGAACAUACUAGUUCGAGACACGGCCUUCAGGACAUGGAAAGCGCUCUUACUAUAUCUGUAUACGAACAAGAUCGUCUUCUCCCCACUCAAGUCUCAGGGACAGCCUAGAGCUCAUGUGGAGGGCCCUAACCCUAGUACGUUGUGGCCUUGCUCACCAAAGUCCAUGUAUCGUUUAGGGUGUAAGGUUCGACUUGACAGUGUUCGUGACAAAGCUUUCGAUGCAAUACGCGAUAGUUUGAAUGCAGAUAACAUUCUCCAAGAACUUUCCUGUUCAUUUACAUCGAAGUAUCCUGCAAUCCUGCAAAUGCAAGUAGAAGUCCUAAUCCAGCACAUCGCGUCUGCCCCUGUUAUCCAGAAUAUGCCUUCGCUGAUCAGGAGGAUCGUUGAUUCGCAAUUACCCCAUGGUGCCGAUAUCAUCAUUGAUUUGUACCAAAAAUUCCUGCUGCAGUGCCAUCCUCGAGCGCUUGCGCCUGCAAAUGCGCCGACAGAGAAGGAACCGUCACCUCACCCCUUUGGUACCUUUGGAACGGCAGCGCCUGUUGGUAGCUUCGGAAAAGGUCUCUUCGGACAAAGUGCAGCGGUAACGCCUGUUAGUGUCACCGGAAAAAGUGAAGCGGGAGUGCCUGUUAGUGCCUUCGGACAAAGUGGAGUGCCCGCUAGUCCCUUCGGACAAAGUUCUUCGAAAGGUGGCAAGCCCAAGAAAAAGUAAGCGAAUCGAUAUCAGUAUCUUUCGUUGAAGUACUAC